AUGGCGAAAUGCACCAAGAAGGUCAGAAUCGUGGGCAAAUACGGGACCCGUUAUGGUGCCUCCCUCAGGAAAAUGGUGAAGAAAAUUGAAAUCAGCCAGCACGCCAAGUAUACCUGCUCCGUCUGUGGCAAAGCCAAAAUGAAGAGAAGAGCUGUGGGCAUUUGGCACUGUGGUUCCUGCAUGAAAACAGUAGCUGGUGGUGCCUGGACCUACAAUACCACUUCUGCUGUCAUAGUAAAGUCUGCCAUCAGAAGACUGAAGGAAUUGAAGGACCAGUAG